GCCUGAAGGACACGCCGAAUGAGCUCAGCGUGCGUAUCUUCCUGAUCAUGAUGUGGUUCAUGGCCCUUAUAAUCGACACUGUGUAUCAGGGACACAUCACUGCCUUCAUAGCUAUGCCGAGGUACACGCCCGCCAUCGACAACCACGAGGAGUUGGCGCGAAAUAGCAGCGUCAUCCCAGUCACAGAGGAGUUUUCCACUACGCAGACCCUUAUAAUGGAGUCAGACAGAGAGUCCUUCGUGGCCCUCGCCUCUCGCCUCGAGCUGCGCGACGCCUCCUUCCUGGACAGCAAGGAGUUCUACCGCGGCGUUUCCGUCGGGAAGUGGGCGUUUGUAGACUCGUACAGUUCGACGUACGGCCGCGCCCUCAACUUCGAAAACCAAAUACAGCGAUGCAAGUUCUAUGUCUCCAGGGACAGUGUGAUUGGGGGUCUGGAUGCCUGGCCUUUCCCGCGAAACUCGCCAGUCCACAGCCAGAUAUCGACCUCACUAAAGUGGCUUCGAUAUUAUGGCAUCCUUGAGAAAAUCAAGUCCCGCUACUACGUCUCGACGUGUGACCGCUCGAAAGGUGAUGGAGUCAAGAAAAUGGACAUCACUAUGAUGCAGAGUUCCUUCUACAUCGCAGGCAUCGGCUGGUCGACGGCAGCGGCCGUGUUUCUGCUCGAAAUAAUAUUGUACAGGUUGAUGCGUAUGUGAAAGCCACCUGGAAUCGUCCAUAGCUGAUAUGAUAUGGUAUAAUAAAGUCAAUAAUCAAAUCAAUAAUAAAUUUUCAUAUGAAUGCUGGAUACUUAAGUUUACCUCAUUAUUAGAAACAUUUUGAACAGCCCUCACCUACCAGCCUCUGAAGUUCUCUCCCAAAGCUUUUAGAUCAGUGGUUCUUAAUCACUAGAGGGGCCUCAGUAAUUUCUAAGUGGGUGCGAACCCACGGGAAAAAGCUGGAAUGUCUGUAAUUAUAUGUUCUUCUCUUAUCGAGAGCAUGGUCAAAUGAUGAGAUUCUUUUGUGUAAUAAUGUGACUAAUUCAUACUCAGUAAAAAGAACAUAUCUUUAAUUUUCUUUAAAAUCUGGAUGGGAAUUUUAUUCAUAUAUGCAAAGGAGUGUGAUGGGAAGAACAAAAUUCUAUAGGAGGCAUUGUAAAAGUCUGAUAUUUCUUUAGUUCCAGUCUACUUUUGCUGCCAGCGCAGUUCACUGGAAGACACUACACUAGCACAAAGUAAAUCCACAUUCCAGGGCAGUCUCCCCUGAAAAGCGUUUUCUUCUAUCCGUCCUAUUUAUGCAUGGAUAACUUUUAUAUUUGAAAAAAAAUGACAUGAUUUUUCGAGGCACCUUGUCAGCAAUAUGCUCAAGGCCGGAUGGUCACCCCUUUCGCACCUAGGCCCCAGCAGCUGUCUUCCUCCAUCAGCGAACGCGUGUUCACUCUACUUUCUCUUUUAACACAUUCUCUUAAGCAAGCAAAACACCCUCGCAAAGAAUAGCUGGACAAAAGGACGUCUCAUCAGGCAGGCGGAGCAGAACAACGGAGGACAACAGACAACGG